AUGGCAUCCACUCCUUCGAAUCGCCAUCUCAAACUGGCGCCCUCCAACACUCCAGCCACCUCGCCGAACUCCAGAUUCCCGGGCCGCGGAAAGGCCCAGGAGCCGAGCUUGUUCUUGAAACGGGUCAUCGGCACGACUUGCAGCUCGCCCACCGGCUUUGACUCGGUCGAUCGCUGCUUUUGCUAUAUAGCAGGAGGGGCUGUCGUCGUGGCGGGUUUGGACGGCAGCCAACUUUUUUACCGCGCUCGUCCUACAGCAGUGCCUGUCUUCAGCGUCGCCCCAGUCCAGCACGGCUCCUCUGGCCUUUACGCCACCCCUAAAGCAAACGACGCAAGGAACAGGGUGGCAGUCGCUCCGCGAGAUCCCAUUCACUCGUCACCGUCUGACAGGGGCGACUCCCCGGCGUCGAAAACAUGGACCAGUCGCGAGCGAAUCAAAGCCGCGACAUGCGUAUCCUUGAGUCGGGACGGAAGGUUCCUAGCUGUCGGCGAAACUGGCUAUUCUCCAAGAGUCCUCAUCUUCACCCUGAAGGAGGGCUCGUCUUCAGAUCAGCCUCUGGUUUCGAUAAACGAACACGCCUUCGGUGUGCGAGCAGUGGCAUGGUCUCCAGACGGCAGAUUCCUCGCCUCUCUCGGCGAUCCCAAUGACGGGUUUCUAUUUAUCUGGAAAAUCGAUCCGAGGACUGGGUCUGCCAGAUUGUUCCAACAAAAUCGGUGUACUGCCCAAGUCAAUGGAAUGAUUUGGCUGGGCAGCACCCUAGUCUCCUUUGGAACUCGACAUGUCAAGGCUUGGAAGGUGGUCGAUGAGGUGCAGCGGCCACCUUCGCCCCCGAAGAGGAGCCUGACGCCACAGGAAGCCCAGAAGACUUUGACUGGGAGAAACGUCUUGCUUGGGUCUCUACUGGAGGCGAGCUUCAGAUGCGCAACACCUGUUGAUGAGGCUCACGCACUCCUCUGCUCCGACGCUGGCGACAUAUGUAUCCUGGACGACAGCACUGGACAGAUAAAGCUCACACCUGCAGCUGAGACGGGAUUCCCAGUCACCUGCUGCACAAUACGUGGCUCAGUCGCACUGCUGGGAAGCAAAGAUGGCCAAUUUGUCACCCUUGACGUUAGCACACUCAAUAUUGAAGCUGCAACCAUCUCUGCACCCAAGCUUGCCAAGGGAGAAUCAGGGCUGAGCGGCUUCGCUGUUAUGGGAGUCGUCCAAGAUCAACUCGUCACGAUAGACUCAGAGCGGUCCAUUGAGAUUUGGGAGGCAGAUCAACUGCCCAACAAGUCUGCCCAGCAGUCGACGCCAAUCAGGCUAGCCGGGCAGAGUGACCCUGUGCUCGGUGUCCAACCGCUCACCAUGUCUGAUGAGACGGACCUUGCCUUCUUCACGUGGUCAAAAUCCGGAAAGGUCCUUCUUUGGGAUUUGGAUGGCAUAGUCAAGCACAGCUUUGAUAUUCCUGUGGACGACUGUCAUUUGGGUAAUGAGACAGACCCGCAGAACCAGCUGUGCGUGGUACGAGCGGACAGUGGGCGCAUCUUUGCCUCUGGGGAUAGGGCGGGCGUAUUUCGAAUAAUAGAUCGCUCCACAGGACAGCAACUCCUGGAGACCAAGGCCCAUUCAUCCGAAAUCACUCACGUGGCUUACCAAAGCAAUGCCUCGAGGACCAUCAUUGCAACAUGUGGACGAGAUCGCACUGUCCAGUUAUUUCAACGACUGUCUGAUGGCUCCUUCGAUCUCUUGCAAACGCUUGAGUUCCCUGCCAGGGUGACUCAUCUGAUAUUGUCUUCAGAUGACAGAUUGAUCACUUGCUCCAUGGAUCGCAAUAUCCAAGUCUAUGAGCUGGUCACCAAGCAAGGAGAGGCAGACUCCUUGGCCGCAAUCUACUCCCGGUCCAUCUCGCUCAAGGCAUCUCCGGUUUCUAUGGUCCUGGAUUCCGACUGCAGAUCAAUCUUUGUGUCCAGCCUGGACCGAUCCAUUUGUCGCUUUGACAUUGAGACUGGCCGGCAAACAAACACAUUCAAGUGUACAGAUGAGAAUGGCACCGAAAACGCUGUGGUCGAUUCGCUCCAUUUUGGCCCGUCCAAGCGCGACGAAAUUCCUACCAUCAUCGGGAUAUCCAACACAGACAAAUCUGUCAGGGUAUACGAUUCUCAGAGUGGGGCCUUCAUGGAUCGUGAAUGGGGUCACACGGAAUCGAUCAAUGGUGUCACAUUGGUAGACAGCGGGGAAGCAACCCGCAAAGUCGUCAGUGUAGGAUGUGAUGGAACAAUCAUGAUAUGGGCCUUGGACCUGAGAGACCCUGAACUGAGGGCAGGGAUUUCCACGACCUUCUUCCUCCGGGGGACGGCGAUCGCCGCCAACGAGGAGCCUUCGUCAUCGCAAGUCUCGACAAAACAUAUCUUCAUCCUCAGUCAAAACACCAACCACCACACAAUCCGGGGAAUGCCCUUCUCCAGAAAGUCCGGCAACAGCUCGCCUAACUCGAAGACCGUCUCUUCCAGCUCUCGGCGGCAACCCGUCCCAUCCCACAGCACGGAAGAAGUCCAGCGCGAUCAGCCUGCGGUCGUCCUACGGGGCCGGAUCGCUGCAGACGGCAACCGAGCAGACUGCCGACAACUGCGCACAUACCGAAGCAAGCUCUCAUCCGCGGACACCAUCUCUUCCGAAGCGAUGGCGGAGCUAGAAAACGAGCUGCGCCUCACGACUGCCGCCCUGUGCGAGCGAAUCAGCAGAGACAGCCAGGCUGUGAGCGAGUCCAUGCUGAGCGGACUGCUCAACCAGUACAGCGAGAGGCUGGUCAGUAUGCUCGAUGAGCGGCUGAGGCUGAGGCUGUCCGAGGCCCAGUUCAACGGUGGUAGGAGUGGGGAGAGCAGCCCUACUCUCUUGACACCUUCUAGCACCUUUGGAGUUGAGCGCGUGCGGCCGAGGACGGCUGGCGAGGGGACGAGAAAACCCUCUAAUUGA